AUGCCUCCAGUGGAAGAGGAGUUGUCUAGUGAUUCAACAGAAGCCAAGCCAGUGGCACGGGAAGCUAGUGAGGCACAGAAAACCUCUGUUAAUACAUACAGACUGGAGCCAAGGAAUAAAUUUCAGCAUCAUUUAGUAAAGGCCAAAGCUCAAGCCAUCCUAACGAAUAAACUUCAACACAGCCAAUAUGAUGGAGUUUCUGCUCCCUCCUUGUGUGCUUCACUCUCAGAAGAAAUAUUAAAUGCUGUGAAGGCCUUCGAGUUUGACCGCUAUAAGUAUGUGGUGUCCACCCUGAUUGUGCAAAAGGCAGAGCAGGCAAUGAUUGUUGCCAGCAGAUGGGUCUGGGAUGCUGAGAGAGACUCUUGGAUUUCAGCUGAAUGUGAAACUAAAACAUUUAUUGCCCUGGCUUUGGUAAUGGCUUGUUAUUAUGAAUAA